GUAAUGCCAACCAACAGCCACAAUGCAAAUCGAGGCGGUAAGAAUGAAAACGAAGCUGAUUUUACCUACAUUUCUGUUCUGUUUAAGUUCAUGUUGCAUCAUUUGUUGUAGUUUUUAGUUUUCAGUUUCUAAAAACUGUUGUUUUUAUUUUAUUUUAGUUAGCAUAAUUGUUUUUUCACUCCUAUUGUUAGUUUUGGUUAACUAUAGUAACCCUGGAGGGCACUUCAAGUUCCAUGAACUGGUGUUUUUAUUUUAAUAUCAGUGAAGACGCAUCAUAUGCACGUGUUUAGUUUGAGACUAAAUUUGGGUUGUUAUACAUCUCAUAUAAAUCAGUUUACAGAGUUAGUGCAAUGCUUCGUAUUACAACAGUUAAAUCUGCGUCCCCGAGGACCAUGCGUUAAAACCUGUCCUUAUGCCACAUAACAGCUUUACAUAUGCUUUUAUAAGUAAUCUAGAACAGACAGACCAAUCUGUCUGUGUGCGCAGAGCGUUCAGUGAAAUGUCCAAUGAAAUGUGAAAGUGUUGUAUUAGACCAUGACUAACCCUUAUUAGGGUUAUUGACUGCAUGUCCUGUAGAUUUUGGCUGCUUAACAAAUCGACCACAGAGUAGACAAAAAAAGAUUGCAGAAAGGACAAAGUAAGUUGGGGGUGGCGCCGCAGUGGUGUAGUGGUUAGUGCUCCUGCUUCACGAUAAGAAGAUCCUGGGUCUUUUCUGUGUGGAGUUCGUACCGAGGGCAAAAACGGUCCAAGAGCAUGUAGGAUCGGUUGAUUGGUGAAUCUAAAUCGGCCCUGUAGUUGUGUGAGUGUGUGCAGCGACUGCCCAAGGUAGGUUCCUGCUUGCACCAAUUGUUCCCGGGAUAAGCUCUGGUCCCCCUGUGACCCCAGUUAGGAUUAAGCAGUUCCAGAAGAUGGACAGAGAAAUUUAAUUGCAUUUUGGUCACAGUCUAAAAUGAGACCAAAAUUUCCACUGCUGUCUCAAGACAGACAGAAAAUUACUAGCACUAGAAGUACAUUACAACAAGCAGUGUGAACCACACCACCAGGAGAUGAGGGCCCAUCUGAAGCCUCAGUUAUAUCUGGCUGAAAGUUCUGUACUAGUAGGUCUCUAAUCUUGUUCUAAUUGAAGGAAACAGCUCUGGUGUGGCAGUUAAUUAAGCUGUCUUCGCCUAAUUUAAGGCAUAUUAGUUGCAGUAGUUCUUGGACAUUUUGUUAAUUUUUUAUUUGAUUUUGUAAACUGUUUUUGUGAUUUUGAAGAUAAUUCAUUCACUCAGUUGCAGGAGCUGUAGGUAUUCUAAUUACAUCAUACAGCCUCAAACCAAGCUAUUUCAUCAUUUGCACAUCUUGCAUUUUUUUAUGUACAGAUGCCACCAGAAAGACGCCCCAUUUUCUAGAUUGAUGUGCAUUAAAAUAUAAGAUUGAAAAAUGACAAAAGAGACAGCAUUAUUCAUUCAGUACAAGGUCGGAUAACGCUCACAAAUGCUUAAUUAGCUGCAGGGACAAUGAGCUGUUUCCUUCAAUCAGGACAAGAUUAGACGUCUGCUAGAGGAGAACAUUCAGCUUUAUAUAAAUUAGAUUUUGGGACAAGGACCAAACACAGUAACUUAUGUAACUAAAGCAAGACCAUGGGACUGCAGAGUAGCAUUGUAGUAGUACUGCUCUUAUUUGGUUGGGUUUGUAAUGCUUGGCCUCCUUUGAAAAUGAGCCCAGCGGUUACUCUAUACCCUGUGUCUAUAAAGUCAAAUAUAGAAGCACAGACUGCAAUAGCUGCUGUCUCUAAGGCACAGACACAGUUAGGGCAGUCAGUAGCAGCUGCCAUCUCUCGGGUGCAAGCAGCGUUGGGACAGGUGAGGCCGAUGGUAGCUACCACAACAGCUUCUGUCCCCCUGGGCCAAGUACAAUUUGGGAAGCGAGAACCACCAUCAGCCACUGGUUCCCAGGGCCUGCUACAACUUGGCCAGGUGGGGCCAGCUGUGGCUGCCUCCCCCCCAGCGCAGACAAGUCCCAAUGCUGUCAAGGCAACAUGUAGUGAGAGCUCGGUUAUUGUGGAAGUGCAGAGAGACCUGAUGGGCACUGGCCGACUGGUCCAGCCUGCCGAUAUAACGUUGGGAGGCUGUGCAGCAGUGGCACAGGAUGCUUCUGCUCAGGUUCUGAGGUUUGAGUCUAAGCUGCAAGAUUGUGGGAGCCAACUGAUGAUGACUGACAACUCUCUCGUGUACACCUUCGCCCUGAUCUAUGUUCCUACUGGAAUCGGUGGCACACCUAUUGUACGGACUAAUGGUGCUGUGCUCAGUAUUGAGUGCCACUAUUUGAGGAAGCACAAUGUGAGCAGUAAUGCACUGGUGCCAACUUGGGUUCCCUUCUCUACUACAAAGGCUGCCGAGGACAUCCUGGUCUUCUCACUUAAGCUCAUGGCUGAUGACUGGCAGCUUGAAAGAACCUCAAAUGCCUUCUUCCUGGGGGAUCUCCUGAACAUUGAAGCCUCUGUGACUGUGGCAAACCACCAUCCCCUUCGGGUGUCUGUGGACAGCUGUGUGGCCACGUCAACCUCGGAUGUGACUUCUGUCCCUAGAUAUGACUUGGUGGUAAACCAUGGCUGCCUGAGUGACAGCAAGCUGCCUGGCUCCAAUUCCCACUUCCUACCCCAAAAGCAGGAUGACAAGCUGCAGAUGCAGCUGGAUGCCUUCAGGUUCUUGCAGGCCACUAGCAAUUUGAUCUAUAUUACUUGCCUUUUGAAAGCAACAGUAGCAUCUGGGCCUACAGAUGAGACGCACAAGGCCUGUUCUUUCUCUUCUACCAGGUGGACAGCUGCAGAUGGUAAUGACCAGGUGUGUGGCUGCUGUGACGCCGACUGCAGUCCCAGGAAAGCAAGAGAUCUGACUCUGUGGUGGGAAAGUACAGCUACCGUGGGCCCAUUUUCUGUGGCUGAGAAGCCUCUGCUGCAUGGUGGUCAUCAGGCCCCAGGAGCUGAGAUGUCCAAGGUAGAGGACCAAACUGCUCACACUGGUGUUUCCCCCGAGUACAUGGCUUUGGCUGGAGUGCUUGCUGCAGUUGCACUGCUGGUCGUUGGUGUUCUGGGGUUUGUGCUACAUUGGAAAUGAGUUUCUAACUGUCCUCAAGAAUAAAACUCAUUAACUGUUUGUCCUCAACAA